AUGAUUAAGACAUCAAUAAUUUUGGCCGCCAUCCUCUUGGUUGCCCUAGUCUCUGCCAACACUGAGAACGUCGAUGAGUUCUCCGGAGUUGUUGUUGCCUCUGUCGGAAAGGAUGCCAUCCGUGCUUACGCCGUCUCAUCCAUCCUGAGCUCCUUCAAUGCUGUCGGAACUGCUAUCUAUGGUUCAAUCACCAAUUCUAGCGUUAAUGCUGCUGCCGAUGCCAACACCUUCACCUUCCAGGGUGGUAACAACUGUUUCUACGCCAUGUCAUACAACGCAAUUGCCGCUAGCAUUGGCAGUGGAAUCAACAUCAACGCCACCUCUUUCAGCGCUGCCUACUUCCCAACCAUCUUGGUAGAGUACGUCGAGAGCAACGGACAGGCUGGUUUCCAGAACGGCACCGACACCAUCGUUGGAUGGACUCGUUUGGACAGACUCGGAGAUCUCCUCAACCCAUGGGAUAUCAAAUACGUCCAGAAGGAUUUCAACACUUCUGCCCCCAACGGAAAGACAUACCCAUUCAACGUCAUUCUGGCCAACGCCACCUCCCCAAGAGGAUUGGUCACCUUCCGUUUCGCCAUCCCAGGUGCCCCAGUCAACGUCAACGGUGUUUCCCUCACUGGUGAGCAGACCAAGAUCGACAUUGAGAUCCGUAACUACUUUGACGCCUCUGUCAACAAGAAGUCCUCUGGUCUCUGUAACGCUGGCAGUGUGAUCCCAUUCACCUGUGGCUCGACUGGUCCAUCCAACAAUGCCAACUCUCGUUUGGCUUUGAUCUCCUUUGUUGCCGCCGCUGCCGCCGAGGCCGACGUUGAGGUCUCUUCCAGCACCUCUGUCCACACCGUCGGAGGUGACAUCACCGCCGCCCUCAGCUGGGUCACCACCGUCGAUAUCAACGGCACCGGUGCCACCGCCAACGUUAUCACCCAGGUCAACGUCUAUGACAACAACAAGGAUGCCUUCGAUGUCUCCUUCACUGGAGCCUUCAACGUCUUUGCCAACGUCAACGCCCAGGUUCUGGUUCAGAGCUUUGAUGCUGUCAGACCCAACUUGAUUGUAUGGGACCCAACCUUUGGAGGUCGUGCCAACUCUGCCGCUGUCCUGGUCCCAACCAUCACCGUGUUUGUUGCCUUGGCCGUUGCCUUGUUGUUGUAA